AUGGAUUUAGUUGAAUCCGAAAGCACCUCGGAAGUCGAGGAUCAGAAAACUUGGGAUUCUGAAUCUCAAAUGACUCAGGUCGAUACUGCCCAUCCCUCCAGUGACUGCGGCAUCGGCCACCGCGUGCUCGCAACCCGCUCCGUUCUCGCUCUAGCCAUUGAUGAACAAUGCGUCUUUGCUGGCCUACAGGGGGGAGAUAUUGUCUGGUGUGAUCUCUCUGAGGAGGGAUCAAGCUCGAACCAUGUCCAAUCAUCGUCAGCCCACCCAUCGAAGAGGACGCAUCGCUUUUUUGAUUCCCGUGGGCCAGACGGUACUCGCGCUCCGGGGUCAUCCGAUGGCAUUGUCUCUGAUGGUGGUCGCGUGUUGAGCUUCAAGCGGGACCACCACAAGAUUUUCGCGCAUCAUGGCUACGUCUACUCUAUGCUCCUGGUCAAAGGUUUAAUUGAGUCCGCUCCUUCCGAGGAAGCUCUCUUGACUGGUGCAGGGGAUGGUGUGGUGAAGCUGUGGCGCCUGGGUCAGGAGCCCGGCGCAUCGCCCUCUCAGAUUGCCAAGCUGCAGAACGGAGAUCCUGUGUUGACUGUGGCUGUUGAGGGGCCGCUACUUUACUGUGGUUUAGCAGGCGGUGCCCUCAACAUCUGGAAUUUGGACUCACAACAGCUUGUCAAGCGCAUCACUAGACAUACCGGGGAUCUGUGGGCUGUGCAUGUCAUCCAGGGUGUUGCAAUUUGCGGUGACUCCAGCGGAACGGUCAAGAAAUUCAACUCCCGGUUUGAAGAAGUAGGCGGCUGGGUUGCUCACGAGGGCACCAUGCUCGCCUCGGCUGCCGGUCGGUCGAAGGAUCGCCAGAUCUACGCGACUGGUGGAAACGACAACUCAGUAGGCAUCUGGGAUCUGACUGAAUUCUUCACGACCCAGGAAGAGUUGACUCCGAUCAGCAACGACGAAAUGGUCAACAGUCUGGCCAAGUUUGUCUCUUUCAAGACCAUUUCUGCGAGCCCUAAAUUCACCGGGGAAUGUAACCAGGGAGCUGCUUUCCUUCGGCGGCACUGCAAUUACCUCGGUGCCAAGACGAAGCUUUUGACUACCGGUCCCGACACCAAUCCUAUUGUCUUUGCCAGAUUCAACGCUACUUCACCCGACAAAGUGGAUAAGACUAUCCUCUUCUACGGCCACUAUGACGUUGUGGGAGCAGAGACAAACCGACCCAAGUGGAGGACAGAUCCGUACAAACUCACAUCCAUCAACGGGUUCCUGUAUGGUCGUGGUGUCUCCGAUAACAAGGGGCCUAUUUUGGCAUCGCUGUAUGCUGCGGCUGAUCUCGCCCGAACAAAGACUCUGCGAUGCAAUGUCAUCUUCCUUAUCGAGGGUGAAGAAGAGUCUGGAUCCCAGGGAUUCCACGAAACGGUGCGUGAGCACAAAGCUCAGAUCGGGUCUGUGGACUGGGUUCUGCUGGCCAACAGUUACUGGCUCGAUGACUACAAUCCGUGCUUAACUUACGGACUGCGCGGUGUUGUACAUGCCAACUUGGUGGUCACAAGCGAUCACCCUGAUCUCCACAGUGGUAUCGAUGGCAGCACAUUGCUAGAUGAGCCUGUCAAGGACAUUGCAAUGCUUCUAUCCACAAUUGUGGGUCCGAAGGGGAAGAUCAGAUUGCCAGGCUUCCACGACGCUGUCCGGCCCAUUACCGACGCUGAGCAAAAGCGUUUCGAGGCUAUCGCCGAUGCGUUGCUCUUACAACAUCCAGAAAUCCCUGACAGCCAGGCCCUGAUACAAUCGCUGAUGCAUCGCUGGCGUGAACCUGCCUUGACAGUCCACUCGGUCGAAGUCCCUGGAAGCAAGAGCGCAACCACUAUCGCCCGUCGAGCAAAAGCAACCCUGUCAAUCCGUAUCGUACCCGAUCAACACGCGGACGAAGUCGCCGCCGACCUGACCGCCUAUGCCCAGGAGCAGUUUGCGCUUCUCGACUCGCAAAAUGACCUCACAGUCGAGAUCACCGGGAAGUCGGACGCUUGGCUCGGAGACCCGGACAACGAAAUCUUCGCCACGUUGUCCGAGGCGAUCACCGCAGCCUGGACCCCAGCCCAAGGAGCCCCGACUCACCAAUACCCACCCAUCCCGCAAUCCGCAAACACCCGUGCAGUACCCCAGUCCAAACCCACCGCAGGUCCAAUCCCGGAACUGCGCCGUAAAGACUCGGAAGAUAGUCUUCGUUCGCACGUCGAGCGGAUAAUCACAUCCACAACAAGCUCCUCGGCGGGCAAGCAAGCCGCGCAUAAACGGUCUAUACAAACGACCGCCACGGUGCCAACGUCUUCCACCCUCACGCAAGCCACACCCACACCAGUUUCGUCUGAGGACCCGGUCGUAUUACCAAUCCGCGCCAAGUCAGCCCCCGAUGGCAAUGCAUCCGUUGACAGACCGGGAUUGGCAGCAGCAGCUAAUGUGACCAAAGUGACACCGAUGUUCAUUCGCGAAGGCGGAUCUAUCCCCACCAUCCGGUUCUUGGAAAAGGAGUUUUCGGCCCCGGCGGCUAAUCUGCCUUGUGGGCAGGCUAGCGACAACGCUCACCUGGAUAACGAGCGUAUGCGGGUGGAGAACUUGUAUAAGAGCCGAGAGAUCUUCCGGUAUGUGUUUGCUCAUUUGGUGGAUAAAUAUUGA